AUGACAUCAACCCGAACUAUCAGCCUCUUUCGUGAGGCACUGACAUUGCGCCCACCUGGGCAUCCAUGUCGUGACACCACGCUCAACAACCUUGCCCUCGCGCUCGACACCAGAUACAACGAAUUAUAUGUCAUCGAGGAUCUUAAUGAGGCCAUUGAUCUGUACCGCGAAUGCCUUCGGUCACUGCGACAUGACCAUUCAGAGCGCCAUGCAUAUCUUCAAAAUCUGGGCUUCGCGCUGUGCUUGCGUUUUAUGCAAACUCAGGAGAAUGACGAUGUCGAAGAGGCCAUUCAGCUCUGCCAAGAAUCUUUGGCCGCUCUGUCUUUACUGCACCCGAGCAGGUAUUCUGGCUAUGUGUGCCUGCGGGAGGCUUAUUUGUCUCGUUACCGGAUUCUACACGACUCUGCUGAUUUAUCGCUCGCAGUGGAGAACUUCAGGCUCGCAUCGGGGCACCCUACUAAGGGCUUCCAGGUCGCAUUCAAAUCCAAAAUUGGCGCACGAUUAUUUGACCUGAGCACGCGCGUUUCCGAUGCCGCCCAGAGUUCUGCAACCAUCACCGACAGAGCUGCUGCUGAUCGGCAGCAACCGACGGUUCCUUCUCUCCCCUCGCCGUCAUAUGCAGACUUGCAAGCGGCACACGCCAAGGCCCCGUUAUCGUCCUUAUUGCCAGCGAAUACUCGUGCAGCGCCAUCAUUAUCCCAACGUCAGGAGAACCCCAUCAUGUUCCCUUCCUGUCUCUGUCUGACAGAUCUAAACAAUCUCAAGGAUCGCUUCGCCAGGGCGAUACGACACGCAUCUACCAUGGGCCAAAGGUGCCUCGAUGAUCUGAUAGUCCUCUUGCGGGCAGUUUGGGACGAGAUCAUGCUACCCAUCAUCAACGUCCUCGAGCAUGUCCUUAAGCUACAGCACGGCUCUCGAAUUUGGCUGUGUCCAACCGCAGCUUUCACGUCCAUUCCUCUCCAUGCAGCUCACCCCUUUCAAACAAGGGCAGAUCGCUCUAAAGAGCCAUGCCUAGAAGAUCUCUACAUCUGCUCUUACACCCCACACUUUCGGCUCUGGGUCAACCGGGUACAGGGAAAGGCAAGGCGCUCUUGGCUGUCGACAGCGAGCUCGAACUUGUCCAUAAGCUCGUCCCUGCAACGGUCAACCGUAACACUAUUUCUGGUGACGCAGCCACACAGCAGGUGCACUCAAAGCUUUGGAAAAGGACACCUGGGUGCACCUCGCUUGUCAUGGCAAGCAGACCCUACACAGCCUUACAAUUCCCACUUCGUCAUGAGAGAUGAACACCUGACGCUGCUUGAUAUCAUGGAGAAACAUAUUCCGCAUGCUGAGUUCGCAUUCUUGUCCGCUUGUCAUACCGCCGUUGGCGACAAGGAGACGCCCGACGAGGUUAUUCACCUCGCAGCUGGUCUCCAGUUUUCGGGAUUCAAGAGCGUCAUUGGCACGCUGUGGGAGGUCGACGAUGCUGUCGCAAAACACGUUGUUAAAGCGUUCUACGAGAAUUUGUUCGCCGAUUUGGAGGAUGGUGGUGUCAUGGACUGCACAAAGGCGGCCUGGGCACUCAACCGUGCUACGCACUUCCGUGAAGACGAAGUGCCGCUCGAGCAGAGGAUGUUUUCAAUUCUAUUGUGUGUAGUUCUAUGUCAAAUGACCCUCGUCUCUUACGCUCCAGCUGUCUCGUUUUUGUACUAUACUAUCGUGGGUUUUGUCGACUAG